AUGGGAUCCUGUUUUUCUUCUAAGCCAUCAUUCACAACCAAAAAUGUUCGCUUGGUUCAUCUGAGUGGUUAUGUGGAGGAUUUUGAACAGCCAAUUUCAGUGAGCCAACUCACUGGAACCUCUCCUAAGCACUUUGUUUGUACCUCAGUUCAGCUUCUUUCCCCUUGCUCAAAACCAUUGAAUGGAGACACCCAACUCCAACCUGGAAAUGUGUACUUCAUGCUACCAUACUCAAUCCUUCAAGCUGAUGUUUCUCCUGUGGACUUGGCUUCCCUUGCAAAGAGGCUCACUGCAAUAGCCAAAACUAGCAAAAAGUCCUCACUCAAAGAUGGUCCUUUCUCAAGCCAACAUGGCUUGAGCAAUGCUUGGAAUUCACCUUCGAAGAGUCCUGGCAGGCUUGGUUUGGUUGAGCAAAUUGGCAUGCCUUAUGGAGUGCGAAGCCCGUGUAGAGUGCAGCCAUGGAAACCUAUCUUGGACACCAUCAGAGAGAAGUCUUUCAAUCGGAGAAGCGAGUCAGAUUUGCAAGAAUAUAAUUGA